AUGGCCAACUUAUUUCCCUUUAUGUUGUUGAUAUUGCUCGCGUACUCGAGCGUGAGCGAAUGCAUAAACUCGACCAAUUCAGGCUCGAUUACAUACAAAGGCCUUCGUUGUCGGAAGUAUAGUGCGGUUUUGACUGAUUUUGGCGGUAAAGGCGAUGGAGUAACUUUAAACACACAAGCUUUUCAAAAGGCCAUUGACAAGCUAAGCAUUUUAGCUAAACAUGGUGGAGCUCAAUUGAUUGUCCCACCCGGAAAGUGGCUCACCGGAAGCUUUAAUCUUACGAGCUUCUUUACUCUAUAUAUUCACAAGGAUGCGGUUAUUCUUGGAUCUCCGAAUGAGUCGGAUUGGCCUUUAAUUGCUCCGUUGCCAUCCUAUGGGGUGGGAAGAGAUACUCCCGGUCCGAGGUUCGCAAGUCUUAUAUUCGGUACAAACCUAACCGACGUUAUCAUUACAGGUGGGAAUGGAACAAUUGAUGGCCAAGGAAAAACAUGGUGGACAAAUUUCAGGGGGGGCAAACUAAAAAACACAAGGCCAUACCUAAUAGAGAUUAUGCACUCGAAAAAUGUCCAAAUUUCUAACCUUGUUCUCGUUGAUUCUCCUUCAUGGAACGUUCAUCCUAUUUACUGCACCAACGUAAUCAUCGAACAAUUAACAAUUCGUGCACCUAUUGAUUCUCCAAACACUGACGGGAUUAACCCAGAUUCAUGCACAAAUGUCCGAAUAGUCGACAACUACAUUGUCUCUGGCGACGAUUGCGUAUCGGUGAAAAGCGGUUGGGAUCAAUAUGGUAUCAAAUACAACAAGUCUUCGGAACACAUUAUCAUCCGCCGUCUCACUUGCAUUUCCCCCGACAGCGCUGCUGUGGCCCUCGGAAGUGAAAUGUCGGGAGGAAUUCAAGACGUUAGGAUUGAAGAUACCGUGGCUAUUAAUACACAAUCAGCUAUAAGAAUUAAAACAGGCUUAGGAAGAGGUGGAUUUGUUAAAAACAUAUUUGUUAAAGGAAUGAAUCUCACUACUAUGAAAUAUGUGUUUUGGAUAACUGGAAAUUACGGGUCUCAUCCCGAUAAUGGAUUUAAUCCAAAUGCUAUGCCGGUGAUAAAGGGAAUCCAUUAUGGGGAUGUCGUCGCGGUUAAUGUAACUCAAACUGCAAAUCUUGCCGGAAUACCUAAGGGCACGUUUAAGGACAUUUGUUUGUCGAAUGUGCAUGUUGAGUUGGCUAAGAAACCGAAGAAGAUCCAAUGGAAUUGCACAAAUGUUGAAGGGGUGAGUAACAAUGUGACACCUCAACCAUGUGGAAUGUUAGCCGCCAAGGGACCAACUAAGUGUGAUUUUCCGACCAAGUCAUUGUGGAUUGAUGGUAUGAUGUUAAAGACUUGUUCUAUUGUUCUUGGACCGCAUAAUGUCUAA